UUGCGGUGCAUUGAAAUUGGGAGGGAUCUGGCCUCUUCUGAUCGUUAUUUUCCAUCGAACUAAGCAUAUAUUUGCCCUUGAUUUUAUCCCAUUUUAAACAUCAUUGAUUCAGUUCAACAUCAGCCUGAAAGGAACUUGGAACGUUUUUUCUAAAGUGACCACUGACUCAUCCCAAAAAAUACAUCAUGUCUGGUGCUGGUGCAGAAAACAGUCGUCUGAAGAACUACAAGAAUAAGGGAAGAGAUUCUGAGGAUCUCCGAAGACGUCGAAAUGAAGUCUCCGUUGAAUUGCGAAGGGCCAAGAAGAAUGAUCAACUUGAAAAGAGAAGAAACAUUGGACCAAUUGAAGUUGUCAGUCCCUUGCAAGAAAAGAAUGCUAAUGCCACCCCUCUCCCUUCCUUGGACAAAAUUGCAGAGGGCAUCCUUGGUGAUGACAGCCACGCCCAGUUCUACUGCACCCAAGCUGUCAGGAAAAUGUUGUCCAAGGAAAUGACUCCGCCUAUUGAUGAUGUGACUCGACUGGGAGUUGUACCCCGUCUUGUUGCGUUCUUGGCUGCAGAAGACAGAUCUGAGUUGCAGUUUGAAGCAGCCUGGGCCUUGACGAACAUUGCUUCUGGAACAUCGGCGCAGACGAGGUUGGUUGUGAAAUACAACGCUGUGGGACCCUUCAUUAGACUGCUUUCAAGCAAUUCACCAAAUGUUUGUGAGCAGGCUGUUUGGGCUUUAGGAAACAUUGCUGGUGAUGGUCCUGAUCUCAGAGAUCUUGUCAUAAACGAAGGGAUCAUUGUCCCACUUAUCAACCUCACAAAACCAGAGAGAAAUAUACCUGCUGCCUUCUUACGAAAUGUCACCUGGACACUUUCUAAUCUAUGCCGUAACAAGAAUCCUGCACCAUCAUUUGACACUGUGAAGAAGUGUCUUCCAGCUCUAGCAGAACUCAUCAAGCACACUGACAAGGAGGUGUUGGCAGAUGCCUGCUGGGCCUUAUCCUACCUCACAGACGGCACUAAUGACAAGAUACAAGAAGUUAUCAACUAUGGUGUUGUUCCAAGAUUAGUUGAGCUGCUGUUCAGUGACGAGGUGUCUGUCUUGACGCCUGCUCUACGAGCUGUUGGUAAUGUUGUCACUGGAGAUGACUCACAAACACAGUGUGUGGUUGAAUGUAACGCUCUGCCAGCCUUUGCACGAUUGCUGAAGCACUCGAAGAACAACAUACAGAAAGAAGCUGCCUGGGCGGUCUCCAACAUCACCGCUGGCAGUGCCACUCAGAUCCAGGCGGUUCUCGAAGCAAAUAUUCUAGAACCUGUCGUGGAGUGUCUCAAAAAGGGAGAAUUCAAAACUCAGAAAGAAGCAGCGUGGAUCGUCAGCAACUUGACGUCUGGCGGCACUGUUGAGCAGAUGAUCUACAUGGUAAACUGUGGUGUUCUUGGGCCGUUCUGUUCUCUGUUGAAAUCAAAGGACUCGAAACUUAUCCUCCAUCUGCUCCAGUCUAUUGAUAACUUGAUGAAGGCUGCCGAGUCCCGAGGAGAACAAGAGACCAGUGCCCUUGCCUUGAUGAUUGAAGAAGCUGGUGGCCUCGACAUCAUUGACGAGCUACAGAAUCAUGAGAAUCCCCACGUCUAUCAAGCUGCAUUUGAACUGGUCACAAAGUACUUCUCUGAAGAAGGGGAUGACGAAGAAAAAGAGGUGGCCCCCACCGUCGACCAGGGUGGCAAUUUCCAGAUGACGGCCCAGCAGGUUCCUUCAACUGGAUUCAGUUUCUAGACCUGUGCUCUCGAUAACGAGAAUGGAUCUUCACUGGAGCAAUAGGACCUUGACAUUGGGUGUUGUAAAUAAUAGGUCUUGGAGAGCUUCUGAUUGCAAAGUGAACGUCUCUGUGAUUACCCCAGUUUAUGGAGUUCUAACUCGAUAUUUUUGUACGCAGUGAGGCACAUUGCACAGACUUGACUUCUGUCAACAUGGCAAAGUAUCUGAUUGUUAGUUUUGUUCACGUGAUUGAAUUGUUAGUCACUGUCGCACAUUCCCUUUGGGGAAUCCUAAGUUGGUAGUCACUUGCUUAAAUGUGUAUCCAAGAAAACGUACUCUAAACUGCCUGUGUGUAAUGCCAGACUAAUUCAUCAUGGCUUGUGUGUUUGGAUGUUGUGCUCUUCCCUGGGCACUAAUGUACGAAUGUUGGACUUGAGUGCGGUGCUGGAUUUCGAAUAUCCACCAAUUGAUUCUAUAAUCAAAAUAUUCCGGUCAUAAUAUACCAACCCCUUGUAUUACUAUUAAUCAAAGGGGCUUCAUCUUGUGUAGUCAACUUAGAAUAAUUUGCAGAUUGCGCUGUGCUAUGCCUUUAACAAAAUAGGUGAUAUUUUGUGAAUAGGCUAUUAUUUAUGUAAAUAGACAAUGACUAGUCCUGUGUCAUUGAACUUAAUAGCCAUUUCAUAAUUCCUAUGCAAUUUAUCUGUCUUCUGAUGUGCUGAUGAUCUUGAUGUCAAAAACAAUGUGCACGCAUAUUUUUCUAGAAGUCGGGACACUGACCACCUGGUAAUUAUUUCUGUUAAACUUGAAACUGUAUUUGUACUUUUCACUUGGGCGUAUUUGUUGAUUUGUAUGGGCCGAUCAAACGAAUCAUGUGUGCUAGGUUUCUCUUGUGUAAGUUGAUGCCCAGUUUCUGGUAUUGCAUAAAUUUGCUGUAUAUACAUCUAAUAUUUGUUCUACAAUAGA